AUGUCUUCUCCGUACAUCUGCAAGUGGGGCAUCCUCGCCACGGGAUGGAUUGCAGAGACCUUUGCCAAGGACCUGCUCACCGAUCCCUCGACACGAUCCGUGUCAGACGUGGAGCAUCGGAUCGUCGCUGUUGCUUCGUCCACCUCGGCCUCGCGCGCUAGUGAGUUCCUCACGAAGAUCGGUGCUCCCCACGAGUCGGCCAAGACGUACGGCUCGUACGAGGAGCUCGUAGCCGACGAGGAUGUGGACAUUAUCUAUGUUGCCACACCGCACUCGCACCAUUAUGCCAACACGCUGCUGGCGCUUCGGGCGGGCAAACACGUGUGCUGCGAAAAGCCAUUCACGAUCAACGCGGCUCAGACCGAACACCUCAUCCGCGUCGCCCGCGAAAACAAGCGCUUCUUGAUGGAAGCCGUGUGGACGCGCUUCUUCCCCGUCGUAAAAGAGAUCCAGCGGCUUGUGCAUGAGGAAAAGGCGCUCGGCAGCGUCAAACGCGUGUACAGCGAUUUCGGCAUGCAAUUCAAGCCUGACCCCAAACAUCGCCUCUUCAACCCCGAACUCGGCGGUGGCGCCCUACUCGAUCUCGGCAUCUAUGCACUCACCUGGCAGAUGAUUCUGCUGUACGCCGACCCGGAAAACAACAAGACCGCUCCCGAGGUGACAAGCAGCGUCAUCAAGUCCAAACUCACCGGUGUCGACGAGUUUACCACAAUGAUCCUCAACUUCAACGCGACCGGUGCCCAGGGUGUGGCGACUACGAACAUGACGGUUCGAUCCGCUGGAAACGUGGUGCUGGUUCAGGGCGACAAGGCGGAUCUCACUGUGCCUUGGGCUCCAUACAGGCCGGAAAGCUUUACGAUCCACGAAAAGGAUGCAGAAGGCGUGUAUACGGGCAAGAACGAGACGCGCAAGUUCGACAUCCCCGGUCACGGAAUGUUUUGGGAAGCAGACGCGUGCGCCCGUGCAUUGAGGGAUGGAAAGCUGGAAGAACCGACGUGCUCACUGGCCGAAUCCACCCUCACCAUGAAGAUCAUGGACCAAGUCAGAUACGAUGCCGGCUGCACCUACCCAGACCACAUCGAAGCCGUCGAGCAGUAG